AUGCAAACUGCUUCUACAAACAUUUGUGAAAGACUGUGCAGUAAGUCCAUCUGUGAAAUUUCCUUGCUACUAAAUGUUCCACGGUCAACUGUUAGUGGUAUUAUAACAAAGUGGAAGCAACUGGGAACAACAGCAACUCUGCCAUUUGACGUGGUCUACCACGUAAAAUGGACUGAGUGGGAUCAGCAUAUGCUGAAGCGCACAGUGCGCAGAAGUUGCAAACUGUCUGCAGAGUCAAUAGCUAAAGACCUCCAAACUUCUUGUGGCCUUGAAACUAGAGCAACAGUGUUUACAGUGCUUCACGGAAUGGGUUUCCAUGGCCCAGCAGCUGGAUGCAAGCCUUACAUCACCAAGUGCAAUGCAAAGCAUCGGACUCUAGAGCAGAAGAGACGUGUUCUCUGG